CUCUGGAGCCCGGUGCAGGCAUAACUCUGGUGCAGGCGGAGGGACAUCCUUGCUGGUGGCCUCUGGACCGCGCGAUGACUGGACGGUGACUUCUGAGGCUGAAGAGUCGAAGAUGAAGGAAGAUUGCUCAUCCAGCUCCCAUGUGCCCAUCAGCGACAGCAAGUCCAUUCUGAAGUCAGAACUCUUAAGCCUGCUCAAAACCUACAACUGCUACCACGAGGGCAGGAGCUUCCAGUUGCGACACCGCGAGGAAGAAGGGGCUCUGAUCAUCGAAGGACUCCUCAACAUCGCCUGGGGGCUCAGACGACCCAUCAGGCUCCAGAUGCAGGAUGAUCGGGAGAGAGUGCACCUAUCCUCUGCCUCAUGGAUGCCUGACCGAUCCAGCUACCUCCAAAAGGAGGCUUCACCCCAGGACAACAAGGUCACUGCAAAGGAGCCUGAUGCUCAGCAUGCAAACAAGGCUGAGUGUUCCAGGGAUAGCUCAGCACCCCCGGAGGAGGAGGUCCCACAGCUCAUGCGGACCAAGAGCGAUGCCAGCUGUAUAAUCCAGAGGAGGCCCAAGUCCCGGGCACCCGGCGAAGCCCAGAAGAUACGACGUCACCGGUUCUCCAUCAAUGGGCACUUUUAUAACCACAAGACCUCCGUGUUCACUCCUGCCUAUGGGUCCGUGACCAAUGUCCGGGUUAACAGCACCAUGACCACCCAGCAGGUGCUCACCCUGCUGCUAAACAAGUUCCGGGUAGAAGAUGGCCCCAGUGAGUUUGCACUCUACAUUGUCCACGAGUCUGGGGAGCAGACGAAAUUAAAAGAUUGUGAGUACCCGCUGAUAUCCAGAAUCCUCCAUGGGCCUUGUGAGAAAAUCGUCAAGAUCUUCUUGAUGGAAGCCGACUUGAGCGAGGAAGUGCCCCAUGAUGUGGCCCAGUACAUUAAGUUUGAAAUGCCGGAGCUGGACAGUUUUGUCGAAAAAUUAAAAGAGGAGGAGGAAAGAGAAAUAAUCAAACUGACCAUGAAGUUCCAAGCCUUGCGUCUGACGAUGCUGCAGCGCCUGGAGCAGCUGGUGGAGGCCAAGUAACUAGCCACUGCUUUCCUUUAGGGAUGCCUGUGGGAGCAAGCGUGCAUGGAGCGCCAGGGACCCAGCCCUAACAUUGCUGACCAGUGGCGGCUGCCCAAGGAGUCCAGUACCCAUGCUUCUUCUAACUUGUCCAUAGACUGCAUAGCAUCCUGCAGCUCUAGUCUUGGCACCGUAGUGAGCAUGCACGGGGACACUCAGGAACUUGCUAGCUAGAAUUUAUGUGCAAAGCCAGUCUAGGUAGUAGAGAGUCUUGGAACUGUGGUACCAGCCAUAUUGCAUGGUUGCAUAGCAUGGCCAGCCUUGAUGAUGCAUAUUUCCAGCUUGAGAUAGAAGUAUCACACCCAGCCUCUGGGGAAUGAGCUUCACCUGCUUGCCCAGGGCCUGUCCCAGAGCUUCCGCAUGGCCACAAGUCCCCGCCCUUAUCAUCCAUUUGAACCUUGAAACCCCCAUCUUCCCUUGCUUCUCAUUUGCCACGCAGGAAUUCUGCUGGAGGAGGAGCUUCCAACAGCCGCGAGACAUGUCCUGAUUCUAACCACCAUUAUACUAUGGGGUCUUGGCCUCCAAGCCUCGUUUCAUAGCCAACAUUCCUGGCCCAGAGGUUAGAGCGGGACUAAAACUACCAAGAUCCCAUCAGCUCUUGGCAGAAAUCAGCCUUAACUUCUGAAUGUGAUCCAAAGAAAUCCUUGAAAGGAGCUGCCUUCAAGAACUAUGUCAAAGUUGGGGAGUUGACUCAUGUAGCGCGGAAACAAUACUGGCUGGUGGUGGCUCCAGAAGGCAGUGCUGUCGCCUUCACUGCCAUCUUGUGGAUGCUUCCUGCCUUCUUUGGAACUGAGCUUCACUCUAGUGGGUAGAGACAGCUCUCAGUACUUCCCGUCAAAACCUGGCAAUAAGGGAAAAUAUCUGGGAACAAAAGACUUCUAAUUCCCCAGGCCAGAUACAGAGCAAUUUUGUAUUGACUGAUGGGAAUUUGGAAUGAAUGAGAAAACUUCAUUUGUAAAACUAUGCAACAGUUCACAUCAAGUCACGGAAGUGUUUGUUCAACUAGAGCAUACUAAAGGCCAGCCUCUUCCCCCAAGGUCCGCGGUCGAUGGAUUUAAAGAGAAGUGUGAUGAAGGCCUGCAGAGAUGGAGUUCCAUCUUCAAUGCAGUGCACAUGGAAGGUGCUCAGGGAACUCUGAAGGGUAGCACUUGAGAAUGGCUGUGCAGUGUGCAGCCACUGGGCAGGGAAGAGGGCAAGCCUGGAUCUUCCAGACCCAGCUAUGUCUUCAUGGAGCUGCCAAGGAAGGCUUGGCUAAGUUCUCCCGCCUCCUCUCUCCCUUUCGGCACCACACCUUCUCAGGUGCUUAAUAAAGAUCUGCUGUGUU